CGCAACCUUCAACGUUUGUUUUUCUCCGUUUAUGCGUUGUGUGUUCGUUUGAAUGAAAAUGUCGCGAGUGUUGUAACAAAAACCACGGAAAACAGAAGAAGAAUACGGGAGCAAAAGGAAUUCCAGGCUACAGCAGAAUGCCCAUUGUCCAACAGGGUUUCGUUCCAUGGUAUUUCAACGAGGCCACUGCAAUAAGAAAAGAAUUCCUGAAGCCAAAGAAAAUGAUACAUCCAAAUAGCAGAAAGUCUAUCGCUAUUACGAAAAAAGCCAAAAAAAUAUCAAAUAGACAGAAGGCAGAAAUGUCCUGCUUGAUAAAACAGAAUUCAAUAGGAGAGAAAAUAUCGUGGAUCAGAAACAAUAUGAUUCCAGGCGUGUGUCCCUAUACUCCAGAGAUAACUGCAAGUUUGUUAGAAACGGAGAUAAAACAA